CAGUCAUGGAGUUCCAGUCGUCGGAUACAUGUGGAACACAACGAACACAACUGGAGAAAUUCGCGUCUCAUCCCCCAAAUACAAUGCGAAAAAGUUUCUACAAAAAAUAGACAAAAAACUCCAAUGCUAAAAAAAAAACAGUUACGAUACCAAAGGAUAUAAAAGGAAAAAUAUUUAAUUGAGUUUCAAAGGAAUUAACGUGUGUGCAUCGUGUGGGCAUCGAGAGGCGUGUGAAAUUGUGUGAUGGGUGAAAAAAAUCAUCUCCUGUGAAUCGAAUAAAUUAUUAAUUCAGUUCGGUUCGAAAAACGAAAAAAAAACGCAAUAAAUUGAUAAGAAAGAUUUGAGCCCAGAAAUGUUAUAGUACAAAAUAUAGCAAAAAAUAAAAACAAGGAUAUAUAGCCUGUAAUCAGGAUUCAAGCCAAAAGUUGAUAAUAAUUAAGCUUGACAAAAAAAAGGAGAAAAAAAAAAGGAAAAAGCUCACGCCCCUCCCGAGUGUGUCCCUGUAUUUUUCUUUACCUUUUUCUUUUUACUUUUUCUUUUUUUUGGUUUUACGGUGAAAGUGCAACAACCAGAAGAGAUAAGAAGAGAGAGAUAAGAGAGCAAGAGGCAGAGCUGGAAUACUCAUCAGUUGGGGAUUACGGAAUUGGUUUCAUUAAAAUGGAUUUAAGCCAAUGCCGAUGCGCUGGGUUGCAUUUGUGCAUGGGAUUAUCGAUUGUAAUGCGCAGUCAUCAAAUUAUGUUUGAACAGCACGACCGCCAAGCCAGGAGCAACAAUAGCAACAGCAACAGCAGCAGCAACAACAGCAACAACAACAGCAGCAGCAGCAGCAACAACAGCUACGUGCAACAACAACUACAACAACAAUAGCUUUAUCACCAUUGAAUACCCCCAUUGCGCCUCCAAUCAGAGAGAAAGAGAGAUUGCGUCUUAUGAAACAAUUGAGGCACCGGCCGAGGCAGCCAAAGCAGCAGACAAAGACAAGGACAAAAACGAAGAGAAAGACGAAGAAGAAGAAGCAACAGCAGCAGCAACAAAAGGAGCAACAGCAACAAUAGCAAACAGCAACAGCAACAGCAGCAACCCAAAAUCGCAUCAAAUUUUUAAACGGCAAUACGCAAAGAUAUGACAAGUGAUGGUGCUGUUACGUUUUGGAUAUUUUUGCUUUGUUUGAUAGCCACCUCGCCGCACCUGAAGGGAGGCGAGGCGGGUAGGCCCGAUGAGCUGCAUAUAGGUGGCAUCUUCCCCAUAGAAGGCAAAGGAGGAUGGCAGGGCGGGCAGGCAUGCAUGCCGGCCGCAAAACUGGCAUUGGAUGAUGUCAACAAGCAGCCAAAUCUUCUACCAGGCUUCAAGCUCAUCCUCCACAGCAAUGACAGUGAGUGCGAGCCGGGACUGGGCGCCAGUGUGAUGUACAAUCUGCUGUAUAAUAAACCGCAAAAACUCAUGCUACUGGCUGGAUGCAGCACUGUGUGCACCACUGUGGCAGAGGCUGCCAAAAUGUGGAAUCUCAUUGUGCUUUGCUAUGGAGCCUCGAGUCCUGCCCUGUCAGAUCGUAAGCGUUUCCCAACGCUUUUCCGUACCCAUCCAUCGGCCACGGUGCACAAUCCAACGCGCAUUAAACUGAUGAAGAAAUUUGGUUGGUCUCGCGUGGCCAUCCUACAACAGGCCGAAGAAGUAUUUAUAUCGACCGUAGAAGAUCUUGAGAAUCGAUGCAUGGAAGCUGGCGUUGAAAUCGUAACUAGACAAUCAUUUCUAUCCGAUCCAACAGACGCCGUACGCAAUUUACGACGCCAGGAUGCACGCAUCAUUGUGGGACUCUUCUAUGUGGUGGCCGCUCGUCGAGUGCUCUGCGAAAUGUACAAACAGCAGCUCUAUGGGCGGGCACAUGUAUGGUUCUUCAUAGGCUGGUAUGAAGAUAAUUGGUAUGAGGUGAAUCUAGUAUCCGAGGGCAUCACCUGUACCGUUGAGCAAAUGCGUAUAGCUGCUGAAGGACAUCUAACGACAGAGGCUCUCAUGUGGAAUCAGAACAAUCAGACAACAAUAUCCGGUAUGACUGCUGAGGAAUUUCGACAUCGACUGAAUCAGGCUUUAAUUGAGGAGAAAUACGACAUAAGUCAUGGGCGCUAUCCGGAGGGCUAUCAGGAGGCACCCCUAGCCUAUGAUGCUGUCUGGAGUGUGGCAUUAGCUUUUAAUAAAACAAUGGAACGUCUAACGAUGGGCCAGAAAUCCCUGAAAGAUUUCACCUAUACGGACAAGGAAAUUGCCGAUGAGAUCUAUGCGGCCAUGAAUUCAACACAGUUUCUGGGUGUAUCGGGCGUUGUGGCAUUCAGCUCGCAGGGCGAUCGUAUUGCCCUCACACAGAUCGAACAGAUGGUGAAGGGCAAGUACGAGAAAUUGGGAUACUACGACACCCAGCUGGAUAACCUAACCUGGUUGAAUACCGAACAAUGGAUUGGUGGCAAGGUUCCUCAAGAUCGCACAAUUGUUACCCAUGUCCUACGCACAGUUUCCUUGCCAUUAUUUGUGUGUAUGUGCACCAUCUCCAGUUGCGGCAUCUUUGUUGCAUUCGCCUUGAUCAUCUUUAAUAUAUGGAAUAAGCAUAGAAGAGUAAUACAAUCCUCACAUCCUGUUUGCAAUACCAUCAUGUUAUUUGGUGUCAUCAUCUGUCUCACAUCAGUCAUCUUAUUGGGCAUGGACGGACGCUUUGUUAGCCCCGAGGAAUACCCAAAGGUUUGCCAAGCUCGAGCUUGGUUAUUAUCCACCGGUUUUACAUUAGCAUAUGGUGCAAUGUUCAGCAAAGUCUGGCGUGUGCAUCGUUUUACAACAAAAGCGAAAACUGACCCGAAGAAAAAAGUGGAACCUUGGAAGCUAUACACCAUGGUUUCGGGCCUCUUAUCAAUAGAUUUAGUGAUAUUACUCUCAUGGCAGAUCUUUGAUCCGCUGCAGCGUUAUCUCGAAACAUUCCCACUCGAAGAUCCAGUAUCUACAACUGAUGAUAUUAAAAUACGUCCAGAGCUUGAGCAUUGUGAAAGUCAACGCAAUUCCAUGUGGUUAGGCCUUGUCUAUGGCUUUAAGGGCCUUAUUCUGGUGUUUGGCCUAUUUUUGGCCUAUGAGACGCGUUCCAUUAAAGUGAAACAGAUCAACGAUUCGCGUUAUGUGGGCAUGAGCAUCUAUAAUGUGGUCGUUCUAUGCCUGAUAACAGCACCGGUGGGCAUGGUCAUUGCAUCGCAACAGGACGCAUCCUUUGCCUUUGUUGCUCUAGCUGUGAUAUUCUGUUGUUUCCUAAGUAUGCUGCUGAUAUUUGUGCCAAAGGUCAUUGAGGUCAUACGACAUCCCAAGGAUAAAGCCGAGUCGAAAUACAAUCCCGAUUCGGCCAUAUCGAAGGAGGAUGAAGAACGCUAUCAGAAACUGGUUACCGAAAACGAGGAAUUACAACGAUUAAUAACACAGAAGGAGGAAAAGAUACGGGUCCUACGACAGCGGCUCGUGGAGCGGGGCGACGCCAAGGGCACAGAACUGAAUGGAGCAACGGGCGCCGCCUCUGCAGCAGCAGCCACGACGUCACAACCCGCUUCUCUCAUCAAUGCAUCCGCAUCCGCACAUCCCACGCCCGCAGCCACACUCGCAAUCACACAAGAUACUCAUGAGCAUCGUACAUGAAAAAACUUGUCAAUUUCCUUUGCGUGAUAGGUGAAUUAUACAAGAGAAAAUAUGAAAUGCAUAUAAGAAGGAUGAGAAAACGAAGGAAGAAACGGACAAAUUUAAUAUAAAAUAUGUACUUAAUAAACUUUGUAUCAACUUUAAGCUGAGCUAAAUAAGUGAAUUGGUAGCAGCAAUUUUGUAGAUUAACUGAAAUAUGUAUUGUACCUUAAACGUGUUAGCAUUAAUAUGGAAAACGAAAUACUUUUAACUUACAAAUAACUAAGACAAAACGAAAAGAAAACUCUACACUAGCAUCUGAACUAAGCAAAUUGUUAGGCUUUAAAGUUGAAAAAAAAAAAAAAACAAAAACCAAAACAAAAA